AUGCAAAACUUUGGCGUGUACGACCUCAGGAUCGUGAACCCGGGACCGUUCGUGCUGGCAUCCGACGUGGCAUCCGACGUGGCAUCCGACGUGGCAUCCGACGCGGCGGCGGCGGCGGCACCGGACGGCGCGAACGGCGAGGGCGGCGUGAACUCCGGCGCGGCGCUCGGCCCCGACGGGCUCGGGACGGAAAACCUCCCGCCGGCGUUGCGACCGACGCUGGACGCCACGUCGGACGCCAUGUCGGACGCCACGUCGGACGCCACGUCGGACGCCGCUCCGAGGCUGUGCGACGAGGCGUACCGGUUCGCGUGCGCCGCGGACUGGAUCCUCGCGGACAGCACGCGGCACGCGUCCGUGGUGGACGCGCUCGACGACGUCACGUUCGUCAUGGCGCGUCCUACUCUCAAACUGGUUCCCAUACGACCGCGUUCGCGUUGUGAACUUCAUUCCUUAAGGACUUUCUCCCUCGCGCGCGCGUUUCGUUUCUCUCCGCCCACGCCACGAUCGGUUUCAACGCUCGCUCGACCUACGCGACGCCUCUCAACUAACGCCCCACCUCGAUGCGUUUCACCUCUGCCCAAGCAGGCGACGACGGCGCGGCCGCGGGAAAACGUCCCUCUCGUCACCGCGCGAAACGCGGCGAAACUCCUCGCGGCGGAGGCGAAGCGCGGCAAGGUCGCGGUGCUGUUCGGAAACGAGCGCACGGGGCUCACGAACGAAGAGCUAGGCACCGCGCACGCCGCGGUGGCGAUCCCGACCGCGGGGCAGGGGUCUCUGUGUCGGAAAUCGCUCAAGUACACCGGCGGCACGGGGCCGACGAGUUUAAACCUCUCGCAGGCGGUUGGCGUGAUCGCGUACGAGAUGUUUCUCGCCGCGGACGAGGUGGUCAACAUGGCGGAAGAUGGAACGUCAACCGUCGCCGGCACCGACGCCGGCACGCGGACGACGACGCCGCGGACCGUCGGCGAGGGGAAGAUCGACGUCCCGAGGGACCGGCUGAUGACCGUCGGGGAGAAGACCGCGCUGAAGCGCGAACUCUUGCGCGCGCGACGCGCGUUGGACGUGCUGACGUGCGAGGCGGGGUCGGACGGGGACGGGGACGGCGCGGGAGAUGAAAUGGCGGGAGACGACGUGGCGGCAGGAGAUGACGUGGCGGGAGAUGACGUGGAAGACGCGGACGAGGCGCUCGACGCGAGAGAGGACCGAGGCCUCGAACGCGUGCUCAACGCGGCGCCGCUGAUGUCCAGGGACGCGGCGGCGUUGUUCCAGCUCGCGCGGCGCGUCAAAGCGCUUCGCGUCGGCGUCGGCGCCGGCGGCGACGGCGACGGCGAAGGCGAAGGCGUCGGGCUGCUGGACGAGACCGUCGUGCGCGUCGCGAGGGCGGCACGGGCGAGGGCGGCGGAGCAGGGGAAGCCGCCGUCGUCGACGCGCGCGGUGAGGAAAAUAUUCCGCGAGCGGUUCGGUUUGUCGCUCACGAACCGAGAGAUCGAACGCGCGCUGAGAGUCGCCGCGAGAGAAGAGUCCUCCGCAUCGCGUUAG